GCGAAGGAUGAUGACGCGCCGGUCCUGCCGGAGGGCUGCUUCAAGGGUCUGGAGCCUAUCCACAACCGGGCUGCUGCUGAUCAGAAAAAAGCAGUAGAGGACAAGCCCGAGGAUGAUAAGUUCAAGCGGGCUAGAUUGCCUCCCCUUGCAAUCACUUCAUCCCUGCAGACGGAAGAAGCGCUGAAGAAGCUGAAUGAAUCGGUGUUGCAGAAGGUCAAGAA